UGAUGCGUUAUAGUUAAUGCAACAUUUGUCAAUCUGGAGUUCAGACGUGACAAUGGAUGGAUAAUGGAAGCAGCGACUACAGGACUUCGACAGUCAAUGCUUUUCUGGUAGCCUUUUAUUUUGAUAAUGCAUUGUGCGAAGAAGAGCGGCAAAGAAAAUAACAUCGCGUGGGUUUUGGAUACAGGCACAACCACAACUCCAAAGGCAACCGAAAUUAUGUAAUUCAUGGAGAUGUUCUAGUGUUCGAAGUCUAAUUUAAUCUCAAACUGAAAUAAUUGGAUCAAACAUUUGAAGAGGGGAAAGUCGAGACAGUGGGCUCCGCGCGUGCGGCUCAACCUAUGUAGUUCCAGAUGCACAACGGUAUUAUGUUACUUUUUAUGGCUACAGUUGGAGACCGAGCGGUUACGAGCGAGCUUUAACAGACAUGUGCAGUCGGGAGCAGCAAUAAUACCCCGCAUCGCACAGGAGCCAGCGGUCUGUGAUUUUGCAACAAGGAGCUGAUAAAAGCAAUACAUUGUUCUGUAACUAAAGUGAUCCAGUGCGCAAUGGGCGACAAGGCGUCAAACUUCAGGUUGAAGCACCGGCGAGUGGCUAUCGUCACCUACCAGACGGAUACUUUCACGAUUGGCGAAGCUCUAAGCAAAAAAGAAGGGAAGCGUUUUACAUUUAGAAGAGAGGUUAACUUUUGGUUGGGAAUUUAAUUGGAUAACGGUAGGAAAAAGAAAGACACUUUCUGGGGGAAAUUAGUCACAUUCUCUGCCUGACAGUACCACUGUGAUAAUUGUCGAAAGGUUUACAUGUUAUUAUUUAGAAUAUUACAUUAUAACAUCGGACUGCACUUGACUUGGUCACUUUUGUCUACCCAAUUACACAGGGUAGGCUACGAUUAAGUGGCAAUGAUGGACAUUAAUAGGUUAGUAAUUUGAAGUCAAAGAAUAUAUAGCCAUAUUAUUAUUUGUGUCAAUAAGUUGAGAUAUAAAAGGGAUAUUUUAAUUUGCACUAUGAUGGAAGUACCACCACCAUGCUCGAAAAAGAGCCUUUCUCUCUCGCUCCCCGUUCCCCGGGAGCAGGCGACCCUAAAGCCUCCGCAACAUCUUUGGAGGCAGCCACGGACCCCCAUCAAAAUCAAACACCGGGGAUACUCCGACACCGACCGCAAACACCACCGAGGGAUAGAGCGCUCUAAUGCCAUGGACACGAGCGACAGACCGGGGCUUAGGAAGUGUCGGAUGUCCUGGCCAUCCUCGUUCCAAGGAACCACGAACCCUUCCAUCGGCAAUUGUGUUGGAAAUAGACGUUUUGACUCAGAGAAUGGUCCUUCGCCCGGCCGCAGCCCCAUGGAUUCGCAGGCGAGUCCUGUGCUGGGGCUGCACCCCUCCUUUACCACAGAGGGGUGCAGGAGUCGCGGGGAGCGCAGGGAGUCCUUCCUGUACCGAUCAGACUCUGACUAUGACAUGUCCCCCAAGACCAUGUCACGUAACUCUUCCAUCAACAGUGAGGGGCAUGCAGAAGAUCUCAUAGUCACCCCUUUUGCUCAGGUGUUGGCCAGUCUACGAACUGUAAGAAGCAACUUCACCAUCCUCGCCAAUGUCACGACACCCACUAACAAGAGGUCACCAGUGACAAGCCAACCCACUGUUCCCCAGGCAACACUCUCUGAUGAGACAUACCAGCAGAUGGCAAGGGAGACUCUGGCUGAGUUAGACUGGUGUCUGGACCAGCUGGAGACCAUCCAGACCCACCGCAGUGUCGGUGACAUGGCCUCCAACAAGUUUAAGAGGAUGUUGAACCGGGAGCUAUCUCACCUGUCAGAGAUGAGUCGUUCAGGGAACCAGGUGUCUGAAUACAUCUCCACUACCUUCCUGGAUAAGCAGAAUGAGGUAGAGAUCCCGUCUCCGACCCUGCGGGAGCGGGACCGGGACAAGCCCAUGUGUCAUAUCAGUGGAGUGAAGAAGCUGACACACAGCUCCAGCCUGUCCAUCAACACCACCAUGCCACGCUUCGGAGUCAAGACGGAACAGGAGGACGCACUGGCCAGGGAGCUGGAUGACUUGAAUAAGUGGGGCCUUAAUAUCUUUCGUCUGGCUGAGUUCUCCAAUAAUAGGCCUCUCAGCUGCAUCAUGUUCGCCAUCUUCCAGGAGAGGGAUCUGUUGAAGACGUUUCAAAUCCCUGUCGACACCUUCGUGACCUACGUUAUGACCCUGGAGGACCACUACCAUGCCAACGUGGCCUACCACAACAGCCUCCACGCCGCAGACGUCACACAGUCCACCCACGUCCUGCUGUCCACACCGGCUCUGGACGCUGUGUUCACUGAUCUGGAGAUCCUGGCUGCGUUAUUCGCUGCUGCCAUCCAUGAUGUGGAUCAUCCUGGCGUGUCCAACCAGUUCCUCAUCAACACCAACUCGGAGCUGGCUCUGAUGUACAACGAUGAGUCUGUCCUGGAGAACCACCACCUGGCCGUGGGCUUCAAGCUGCUCCACGAGGACAACUGUGACAUCUUCCAGAACCUCAGCAAGAGGCAGAGACAGAGCCUGCGCAAGCUCGUUAUCGAUAUGGUGUUGGCGACAGAUAUGUCCAAGCACAUGAGUUUGCUGGCUGAUCUGAAGACCAUGGUGGAGACGAAGAAGGUGACCAGUUCAGGAGUGCUCCUGCUCGACCACUACACUGACCGCAUCCAGGUGCUGAGGAACAUGGUGCACUGUGCGGACCUAAGUAACCCCACCAAGCCCCUGGUCGUGUACAGAGAGUGGACUGAGCGCAUCAUGGAGGAGUUCUUUAGACAGGGGGACAAGGAGAGGGAGAGGGGCAUGGAGAUCAGCCCCAUGUGUGACAAACACACUGCUUCUGUGGAGAAGAGUCAGGUGGGCUUCAUCGACUACAUCGUGCACCCUCUGUGGGAGACGUGGGGGGACCUGGUGCACCCUGACGCCCAGGACAUCCUUGACACUCUUGAGGACAACAGGGACUGGUACCAGAGCACCAUCCCCCAGAGCCCCAUCUCCCCACCCCCAAUCCCCCUCGGCCCAGACAAGAGGCUCAACGCCUGCAUCGACAAGUUCCAGUUCAAGCUCACCUUGGAUGACGACACGGAGGGAGGACAGGAGGAGGAAGAAGAGGAGGAGGAGGAGGGGAAAACCACCCCCAAUCACAUGGUGCUGGACUGCAGUCAGGGAGAGGAGGAAGACAAGAAAGAAGAGGGGGAAGGAGAGGAUGUGGUAAAGGAUGAAAGGGAAGGAGACAUCAUGGAGGAGGAAGGGGAAUUAGGGAUGGAGGAGGAGGAGGAGAAGAGGGGAGUUCUUCAGCGAGCUCAGUCAGGGGUGGAGAUACAAUCUGACACAAGCCCCGUGGAGGACGAGGAGGAGGAAGACUCCUCCUCACCAGCUGAUGACACAUGAGUUCCGCUCCUCUCUCCCUGGCCACACCCCACAUUCACACGCCCCUGUUUACCAUCCUUUAUUUCCAAUGGCCAAAACCCAAUAUCAAAUAAGACUACAGAGACAAUAGACCUUUAAAUCUAUUUUUCAAAAAGGGAACACAAAUAAUAUUGCUUAAAGAAAAGCUAUUUACACAGCAACUGUAGAUUUUGAGCUGGAGGUGUUUCUUCCAGCUGAUGCUGAGGAACUGCUAUGAGGACAAAGAGGAACAUAGAGAAGCAUUAAUAAUGGGCCAUUGAAGACAGUGUAGCACUGGAACUGAAACACACACACAUAAACAUGCACAAA